UCUCCAUUUUCUUAUUCCCAAAAAUCUAACCAUUCUCUCUCUCAAUACUCAAAGAAAUGAAUUCCUCGGAGCUUCAAAUUUGGAACAAUGCCGCUUUCGACACUGGCGAGUUUGAGAAUACUAGAAAAACAAGUUUCUUCUUGGAUCAAUCAGAUUUCCCCGAUUCUUCUUCAAUCAAAGAAAAUCGGAAUCCCAUUUCCGUCAAAACUCCGGCGAAAGGAAACCCACUUCAACAACCCAUCGGAAAUUCGUUCUUGAUUCCCAAUCCACAAUUUCAAAACCCGGAAGAAAUUCGCGACGAGAAGAAGAUAGAUUCCGAAAUGGAGGAAAUCAAGAAGGAGAUUACCAGAUUAACUUCGAGAUUGGAAGCUCUCCGAUUGGAGAAGGCUGAACUGAGAAUCAAAGCGCUAGAUAAACUAGGACGGAUGGUACCCGCAAAAUUCAAGGAACAGAAACAGACUGUAAAUGUUCGUCCGACAAGAGGGUUUAGUUUGGGACCAUCGGAAAUCGGUGGAGGAUUCCGGCGAGGAGUUAGUAUGGGACCGGCGGAAAUCUAUUCCGCCUCAAAAUCGAAGCAAUUGGGUAAACAAGAAACUGUUUUUACCCCUGUUCACCGUCGGAAAUCAUGUUUCUUGAAGCUGGAUGAUGUUGAUGAAGAUAGAGCAAUGAUUGGUUUAAGUUUCACUGUUGAUUCAAAGCCGCCGAGAAGAACUAUAACAAAGACUCCAACUCAAAGGCAAGCGGCCACAACUGUCGGAUUGAAAAAAGAAGCAUCAAGAACCGUUGGUAUGUCUUCAUCUUCAAUCCAACCAAAGAAGUUGUUUAGUAAAGAAGUAGAUAAAUCUCAACCGAUUAAUAAGAUAAUGCCGGGGAGAAUUGUGGCAAGUCGUUAUAACCAGAGUAGUUCUGUUUCGAAAUCUGCAAUAAGGAAACGGUCAUUUCCUGAGAACGAUGAAGAGACGAUGAUGAAGAAAACAGGGAAUUCAGGUAAGAAGAAAUGGGAGAUUCCAAGUGAGAUUAUGAUACAGGGGAAUAAUGUUUAUGAUGGAAUAUCUCCAAGAGGAAUUCUAAUGCCUAAUAGGAUUAGAACGGUUAGAAGAAUUGAAAGUGAAACUCCAAGGGAUUCAGGUCCGGCAAAGAGAGUGGUGGAUCUUGUCGGAAGAAGGUCUUUCUUUUAUGAUGGAGUGGAGGAUGAUGAUGGUGAUGAAUCUGUUUCCAAGAUGUUGAAUUUUGCAGAAGAAGAAGAAGAUGAUCAGAAGUGAAAUGAAAUAAAUUUUGUUUGUUUUGGAGGUGGGAUAAUUGUGAGAGGACUGUGUUUAUAUAAACCUGAUUUUCUCUUAAUUUCUUUCUAUCAUAAAAUGAUGGUGAUAAUGUAGAAUGAAACAUUUGAUCUUCUAAUUCAACUCCUCUUGAUGAGUAUAGAUUGUUUAGUUGAUUUAA